CUCACACCACCAGCUCCACAAAGAAGUCCAGCAAGCCUAUCAGAUGAGGCGUUGAUUCGUCUCCACCGGUUAUCUGCACUAGAACCACCAGAAGAACGCUCCUCCGAGUUCGAAAAAGUCAAAAAUAGUUUACAAGCGAUGUUGGCCAUGGUGGAUUCGGUCAAAGAUUUCGAACCAACAGCCGAAGAUUUGGAAACAAAAAAUGGUUAUGAAAUCCCUGAUGGAAGGAUUUGGCCGACCGAUGAAUCGCUACCUAUCGACUGGGAAGCACUCGUCCAAAAACAAGAAGAUUUCAUCAGAUCUAGACAAAUCAACAUUCCAGGCUCGACCAAACCGAACGUUGGAUCAGGUCACUCGAGCGAGACCGGUUCUUCCAAGGCGGACUCGACUGGAGAAGGUGUGGCCUUGGAGAUGGCGACUGAGGAAAUUCACACAGUCCGUCGACGAGGACUUGGACAACAACCACAAAAUGAGAACAUCUUCUAUGUCGCCAAACUCCCCGGUUCAAAACGAAGCAAAUCAAAAAAUUAGUUCACAACGUCCUUC